AUGCCUAAAGCAAAGCUUCCAUCACCUCCGAAAACACCUCCUACGAACCCGGAGAACGUUGAAAUCGUUCCAUUCGCUGGUCCGGGCGAGAAUCCUGCAGUGCUCGCUGGUCUUCUCUUAAUAUCAGCUACACCGGUCCAUCAAUAUCCUCUCACUCUCAGUUUUCGACAGCCUCGGAGGUACCCCCUCGAUUUUCAAAUCCACAGUUCUGUCCUUGGUCAGUUCUUCAACAUCGAAAUCUGCGAUUUGCUCCGAGAGCAUCUCUCAAAAGUAAGCAGUGUUCACCCUCUCAGAGUCAUUGAUGCAGCAUUUGGGUCGAAAAAAGUGGAAUACUCUGCUCCAUAUUCCUUGCGUUAUCGACAUCUAUUUCGGAAAAAACGAGUCGACGAAUAUAAACUCAUUGGCUUGCAACUUGAAGGAAUGAACAGAAUGGGGUGGAUUUGGGCAGAGGACUUGGAUCGUUCGUUCGAAGAAGGCCAAAUCAAGGCAUCGGUAUACAUUCCAACUAAGGCGGUCCCAACAAUCCAUCGGCCGAGGCGGAUGGAAAAGCUGUCUUUCGAAGAUUUUAAGAAAGCAAUGGUAUUGAAAAGGGCAUCCAACAUGCAUGGUGGUCCUGGGGUGGUCCAAUUUGUCUUGCAGGGCUGCGACAAGGACAAGAAGGGGGAUUUAUCACCCUGCGAAGUUGCAGAGCUGGAGAAAAUGCUGGACGAUAUCGAAGCUGGCCGGAAGGAUAUACGGUUGCUUGCAGUUGAGCAGAAAAAAGGCAGUGGCAAAGCUCGGACGUUUGACGAGUCAAGCGAUCUUUCGGAGCUGAGUGACCAUGAUUCCAUAUGUUCUGACAGUGUGCCUUUCGACAUCAGAUGA